AUGUAUGACGAGUUAGAUGAGAACCAUGAUGAUGUUGCUAUCAGCACAUUCAAAAGCGGAUUCUCGGACGAGGAUAAGAAGGGAACUAUCCAACCUUACAACGAUGCCUUAGUGGUUACACUGAGAAUCGAAGGCUUCGAUGUGAGAAGGGUGUUGGUAGACCCAGGAAGCGCAGUGGAGGUAAUGUACCCCAAUUUAUACAAGGGGCUAAACCUGAGGCCGGAGGAUUUGACGGCUUAUGACUCUCCCCUUAUCAGCUUCGAGGGGAAGACUGUUACACCAAAAGGGCAGAUCAGACUACCCAUACAGACUGGAUCAGAGGUGGUGGAGGUGAACUUUAUCGUGGUCGAUGUCUACUCACCCUACACAGCGAUAUUAGCCAGGCCAUGGAUCCAUGCCCUAGAAGCUGUAUCCUCCACACUUCACCAAAAAGUAAAAUACCCAUCCAAAGGCCAAGUAAAAGAGAUUCGUGGAGAUCAGGCCAUGGCCAGGCAGUGUAUGGUGGCCGCCAUCUCACAUCGGUCCCAUGCCGAGUCCUCGGCCUCUGGGAACUUAUAG